UGAGGGAUCAAAGGAUUCUGAAGCAUGGAUGCUUAAUGAAAGACAAGAAUCGAUACAGUCUUUCUUUAAACUUUGAGGUGCGUCAAGUACUCUUCAACCUUCCGUUUCCAAGUGCAGUCAAACCUAAUAUAAAGCCGACAAGUGACAUCAGGACAUCCCAGAAACCGCAGCCAAAACGGAGUAAAACAACUGCAUCAACUUCCCCGCAUGCCACAGCCGAUGCAAACAUGUCAGACAACUUUGCCUCCAGCAGGAAAUGUUUGGAGGUGCGGCGAAUGUGUUCUCUGACAUUUGGAGCUGCUCAGCGUCUUCAGGCAGCCGCAAGACGAAAAGCCAAACUUCUGCAAACUUUCAACUUCUGCCAUUCAGAUUUUCCAUUGCUCCCCGUUGAAAAUUCCACGGGUGGCGCAGCGGAACCGAGGUGGAACCGCAGGGAAGACUUUGGGCAACAAUAGACAUGAUGAUGGACACAUUCGGCGCCAUCGGUACUGGUUUAGACCUUUUGGAUAAGACCAUCGGCUUGUGCUUCACCGUCUAUGAGACGGUGAAGAAGGCCAAGCACAACAAGCAGCGCUGCCACGAGCUGGUCCAUCGGGUGCGUCUCUUGGAGGCAAUGGUGUUGAGCCUCAAACGUCGGCCUCAAUGCAUCAGCGCCAACGUCAGAUCCAGUCUGCUGGUGCUCAUCGGGAGCCUGACGAAGGCCGAGGAGUUGGUGAGAAAAGUCUCCAACGCCAACCAGGCCGUCGGGUUCUUCAACGCCGGCGACAACGAAUCCAAGUUCAAAGAGCUCACCCAAAAACUUGGGGAGGAUGUGCAGCUACUGUCCAUCGCGCUACAGAUCCAUGAUGGCAACGUCCUGGAUAGCGUCUACAGCCAGGUGGCUCCCUCCAGUGAGCCCUGCAAGUCCGACUUGGAACCGAACACGGAUGCAUGGACUGACCAAAGCCAAAAAUUUUCCGUUCCGACUUCACCCGCCACCAUGGUGCCCAAAUCGCCCGUCACCAUGGUGCCCAGGUCACCCCUCACUAUGGUCCCCACAUCACCCUACACCAUGGUGCCCACGUCCACCGUCACUAUGGGGCCCAGGUCACCCCUCACCAUGGUCCCCACAUCACCCUACACCAUGGUGCGCACGUCCAGCGUCACUAUGGGGCCCAGGUCACCCCUCACCAUGGUCCCCACAUCACCCUACACCAUGGUGCGCACGUCCACCGUCACUAUGGGGCCCAGGUCACCCCUCACCAUGGUCCCCACGUCGCCCGUCACCAUGGUGCCCACGUCGCCCGUCCCCAUGGUGCCCAGGUCACCCUUCACCGUGGCACCCAUGCCAGGAUUCGCCGUGAUGAACCGUGCACGGCCGGUGGGCUUCCAACCUCAGACCGUGGUCACCCGUCAGUCUGUCACCUCGUACUCUGUCCCGCUCUCACAACUUCACAACUUUGUGAAGCAGCCGCAAAAAGACAAAGGGAAAAAGAAAAAGUUCAACAAGAGCCAUUCGGUUGAUUUCUAGAAGUAAACCAUGUCGUGUGGACCUGCGCUGUAUUGAGUUUUCUUCGUCACUUUCUACACAGGAUGUUCUGUACUCGGAUUCGACUUCUACUUAGUUUUUACUUCUUCCACCAAUGAAUGCAUAAUUGGCCGACUGCACAUUUCCUAUCUUCACAAUAAAAGCCCUGCUUCAUGCUGCCUGCGCUAACAAAAUAAGAGUCUCGGAAAGCUGGCGUGCACAUCACUUGUGCACGCCAGCUUUCUGAGGGAUCGCU